AUGUUACUGAGUUAUAUGCCGAUCUUUAAUGAGGAGGUGAAUAAGGUUGUAGAGCUGUUCAAAGAAAUCGAUGAAUGUCCGGAUGUGAUAACUUUAAUGCAAGAUUUAAACUUGAGGAUGGCCAUAAGAACAACAAUAGGAGUUAAUGUGGCCCAUGAGAUUGAAAAUGGAAUCAAUAUGGGUCUUUUAAAAACCUUUCUUUGUGUGGUGAAGAAUGUAACUCAAAUGGUGCUUUCCCCAUGGUUGACUAAUAAUUUGAUUCGGAAGUUGGCCGGUGUAUACGAACCAUACCACUCCUGCAAAGCAGAAAAUCGCGAAUUUGUUAGAAAGAUUAUAAGCCACAAAUUAAAUGGAGAUGGUGAUGCUGCUAAUAUGAUGCAAGAAGAUUCUACAAAUUCGAAUAUUUUUAUUGAUCAAACCAUUGAUCUUCUGAGAAAGAAUAUAUUUACAGUGCAGGAUGUGGAAGACGAAUCAGGUACAAUUAUAUUAGCGGCGUUUGAGACGACGGCGAAUACUAUUGGAUGUGUUCUUAUUUUGCUAGCGAUGUUCCCCGAAUAUCAACAAAAAGUCUACGAGGAACUAUUGGUCAUAUUUCCAGAUGGAGGAGAUUUUAACGUGACCUAUGCGAAUACCCAAGAUAUGACCUAUAUGGAUAUGGUUAUUAAUGAAUCUCUGCGUCUAAUACCACCAGUAUCUAUCGUAGGACGUGAAAAUACACAAGACGUCGAGCUAUCCAAUGGAAUAGUUGUACCAGCUGGAGUACAAUUUCUUAUUAAUAUUUUCACCUUGCAUAGACGUAAGGAUUUGUGGGGACCCAAAGCCGACCAAUUUUAUCCUGAACAUUUUUUGCCUAGUAACAUGGAAGGCAAACAUCCGUAUGCAUUUAUUCCCUUUACUAAGGGAAUUCGAAACUGUAUAGGAUGGAAAUAUGGUCUUAUGUCUGCGAAAGUAGCCUUAGCAAAGUUAUUAAGGAAUUUCAAGUUUUCCACCGAUUUCCAAUAUGCUGAUUUGGAAUUCGAUUAUUCAAUUGUGCUGAAACUAAGGCGUACUCCCGUUUUGAGAAUUGAAAAUAGAUAA